GGGCCAUGUAGUAAUGACCAAUCAGAACAACGACAGUUAACGCUUUAUCUCCCUCGCGCGAAGUUUGAUUCCGCAAUUGCAGGUGAGAAAAGCGCCAGGCGACCGGCACUCAGUAGGAGGCCUUCAGAGCAAAUUUCGUGAAGGAGGAAAUAUUAAAUAUUUUCAGUUCUGCCGUCAUAAAUCAUGUCAUCGGAGAAUUUUUCGGACAUGCCAUUGCCUCCUAAUUGGGAAUCUAGACGUGAUCCAGAAUCUGGGAAUUGGUUUUUUAUCAAUCAUGAAGAUAAAACAACAAGUUGGGAUGAUCCAAGACCUGCAUAUUAUGCGGCUCAACAAAUAGACCGUUUAAAUACUUAUGCAAUGGCCUUCGGUGACCGGCAAGAUUUAAUUGGGGAAUUUUUUGAUAUACCUGAAGUAUUUUCCAAGUCAUUUGAAAGUUCAAAGUCUCGCAAUCCAAAGUCAAAUGUUGAUCAUACCACUACGAAAACACAACGUGGUCGAAGUGAUACACGCAAAGCAAACUCAUCAAGAACCAAUAGUCAUUCUAAACGAAAAACUACAUCUUCCCAUCAUCAUUAUAAUCGUGAAUCAAAGUCAAGUGUUUGCUCACAGAAUGAUAGUGAAUCGUAUCAUUCAUCAACAUGUGUAUCACCAGUAAUUGAUAAAAAUAUCAAAUGUGAUUUGCUUAUCUCAAGGGGAUUAACAGAUGAUGACGAUGAUAAUAAUGUGUUUAUGAGUGAACCAGUCAGAAAAGUGAAUGUCACAUCGGAGCAAAUUGAUGAGAAACCAUUACAAAUUAAUAAACUGUCGUUAGGAAAUCACGCUGACACUGCUGUAACUAAUGUAGUUAGCAACAACCAAUCUGAAGAAGCGAACGUCAUAUCACCAAAUAAAAAGUCACCAAAUACGAUUAGCUAGUUGGAAUUGUAUUGCGAGAACUCUGCGUAACUCUUAAAUUAAGUUGCCGUAGAGUUGAAUAACAUCGAAAUUCUUUAUUGAAACUCAGAUCCACCAUAAGUUCUUCCUUCCUAACGCUUCUGUGUUUACGUAGGUGCUACUAAAUGUCGGCUCUUUUCUUGAUUUUUGUUCUGUAGCAACUUCUAUUCACUUUAAAUGUAAAUACAGAACAUUUGGUUACUUACUGUAGCUUUUAACUAAGAUUUGUCGUGAUGGACAAUUCAUCAUUUUUAAUAGGUGUAUGUCGAUCAACGCGUCAAUAGUUGCUCUAGCUUUCAUGGAAUUUCAUCCUACUUUUCUCUUCAAUAUUUAGUUAAGAAAACUUUAGUUCCUUCCAUAAUAGCUCAGUGUUCCUUAGCUUCCUUUACCUUGCCUAUACACAACUGGAUCAACAGACUUAGUCGUAUAGAGUUUUUAAGUUUCCUGCUUAGUCAUAACUUUUAAUGGUCAUCAAACUUUUCUAUCACCCGGUUUAGGAGUGUCAAACGAAGUUCACUACAUGCUGUCAAUAUCCCUCCUAUGGAUUCAUUUUUUUUUGGAUUAACAUAAUCAAUACAGAGAUCACACAUACUUCAUACAAUAAUAUACUGUUUUUCCAUUCUUAUUUUCUCAAUUGUGCAAGUUCUACUGAAAAAUGUCACUUACAUCAGAGAGUUCUGGAAUUCCCACGUUCCACUUAUCUAUUAAAGGAAUAAUUGCCAAUAUAAAACUGAAUCUUGAGAAGAAGCUACUCAAUGACUGUCGUUCAUAUGUAACAGAACUGUUUACAAUUAUUGUGGUAUAGUUUUCUUAGGCAGUUAUUCAUUAGGCUUUCGGAAAAGUUGUUAGGCCUGCUACUAGUCUACUGAACGUUCUUUGUUUGAAUUCUUUUUUGUUAAUUGAAUUUUUUCGCCUGUUUUUGAUGCAAUUCCCCUGUGGACAGUCAGAUGUACUAAACAUAUUUGACUUGUACGUGAUCAUUUGCAAAUAUGUAUCUGUCGGAGAUUCGCAUCUUACUGUAUUAUACUCUGUGGUUUGUUAAGCGUUUUGAUUUUUAAGCACUCCUGCGUAUGCAUUGUUCUACAUAUUUAUUCAUGUACUUACCGUGAGACAAAAAAAACUUGAAGACAUCACAAUUCCUAAUGGCACAGCUAACUUUGAGCCUCACAGUAGGUUCCUGGUUGAAAUGUAUAACAUAUGUGAAUCGAUAUUUGUUUCUGUGCAAUGUUUUUGUGGCUUAACAGAUCGGUAGUUAGCGACAGCGAUCGCGUCGGUUGUUUAAGGAGAAGUAAAUUGAAACACAAUAAGGAUACUCUAAUUAACUCCUUUAAACAUACAUAACAGUUUACUCUCCUUCUUUUUAGAGUAAGUUGUCAAUCGGAUCUACAAGUGAAUCAACAGAGUCUCUUCUUCCAACUCAAAAAUGUCAUCGAUACCAGGCGAUUGGUCCAAAUCCUAAUUUGCUGGGAUUACGUGUAAUACCUCAAGGUCCUAAUCCACUUCUUGUUCAUGGACCGAAUCCAGCACUUGUACGUGGUUCAAUUUAUCAACAGACCAUGUCUUCUUGUCAGUCUUAAGGUGUGGUGAUAAAUGCAUUUCUUUUCCCAGUUGUUAUUCACACUCACUACUUUAAGCAUUUUCUUCCUUUGUUUCAAAAAGUGUGAUACAUGAUUUUAUAAUUUCAAAUUUACUGCUGUUUCUGGUCACUAAACUUAUUUCUGUAUUAUCCUUCUAUAAUAUCGUUGGGGUUGUUAAACCCCCAGAAAUGAACGUGUUAUGCCUAGAUUUCACAAAUUUACCUUACAGAAAGUCAGAAUUAUCUCUUACACGCGUUUUAUCACCUCACAUGUGUCGCUCAUUUUAACAUCUUUUAAGAAUGCUAUUUUCCUAUUGCUUAGUCUUCCGUUUUUAAUAUACCUAUUUGUCUCUUCGCUCUAAGGAAGCCUACAUUGUAUGUAAAAGCAAGAGUUGCGCCCCUAGAUUUACUCUCUUCGACCGAAGUUAACUGUCUUCAAUCCACUGCUGUUUUCUUCCUUGUUUUAAGCUGAGCGGGUUGUCGGGUAUCAUAUCUUUCAUUUAGUAUCCUAAUUUCGUGCACCUGCUUAACCGUAUCCCAGAAUCUCAAUAAAUAAAGUCUGUUUCAG